AUGUCCACAUCAUCUUUGACCUUGUGUAUUAUUUGUGCUACUUUACAAGCUCUGUUUUUUAAUUACAAAAUUGUUUUUGCCGAGGAAUUUAAAUUGGGGUUUAUUCACUCACACACAGCUAUAGUUACUGAUGACGCCGUUUAUGAAGGAAGCGCAAUAGCAGGAGCUUUCGUGAAGGCCAUAAAUGACAUCAACCAGAGUCCUGGCGUAUUGCCGAAUUCGACAUUAACAUGGGUAUGGGAAGACACAAAGUGUGACGUCUCGACUUCACUUACAUCUAUCAGUUCAAUGUGGGUUGACGAUAUUGUUGGUUUCAUCGGUACCGGUUGCACGUGUGAUUACGAGAGUCAUGUUUCAUCGGCCAUUGGUUUACCUUUGAUCGAUUACGCCUGUAAUGUAGAGCCUGAUGGAGCUGAAGAGGUUGAUGUGCAUACCCCGGAGCUAUUCGUGAGCCUUUUGCCCCGAAGGAAGUAUGUGGCUUACUCAAUAAUUAAACUUAUGGACAGGUACAACUGGAAAAAGGUGACCCUAGUUGCACGCGAUGACACAGUGUGGCUUGAAACGAUGUGGUUUACAAGAGACCUGUUGAACAUUAAUCAGAUGAAUAUUAAUGAUAUCAUAAUUUAUGCAACUGAGCCCAGCCCACAAGGGUGUGAGCAGAACGAUGAUGCUACUGUCAGAGAAGCCAGACGAUACAUCUGCAGUAUGAAGAACGAAAUGAAACGCUUGAUACGAAAUUCAUGUCGACAAACUAGAAUUUAUGUAUUCUUUGGAGAGCCAUGGGAACUGAGGAUAUUUUUACUGGCUGCCUCGUCUGAAGCCAUCCUGGACACCGGGGAAUACGUUAUCAUUGGAUCUGUUAUAGACUACUAUGAAAGGAAUGAACAAGAUUUCCAUGGAAUUCACUAUUUUGGAAUAGAUGAUGGUGAGGACACAAGAGCCAAAUUGGCUUUUGAAUCAUUAUUAUUACUAACUCCACACGUUGCUCCAAACCUCGCCUAUACCACCUUCAAGGAAGAAGUAGCAAACAUAUCACAGGCAGAGCCAUUCAACUCACCUUAUACUAUGGAUAUUGCUUGUAACUCGCUGGUUGAUGAGUAUCAAAUAAUAAAACUUUGCUGA